CUAGGAAGCAGCGGCUUGCAAGUGGCGCGAAGCUUGGCUUCCACGUGCGAGCCUGCUCCACCGCCCCGCCCUUCCCGCGCCCGGGCCUGGGGACUCCCUCUCCCGGGACUGUACCCGUGAUCUGCCGUGGCAUUAAGCCGUGGCCAGGACGUCCACGCGCGGCUGCCUGCCGCUGGAUCACGCUCCAGCUCCCGCCGCCCGACGUGCGGAACACCCAUGGAGGGCCUGGGCCGCUCGUGCCUAUGGCUGCGCCAGGAGCUGUCGCCCCCACGCCCGCGCCUGCUGCUGCUGGACUGCCGCAGCCGGGAGCUGUACGAGUCGGCCCGGAUCGGCGGGGCGCUGAGCGUGGCCCUGCCCGCGCUGCUGCUGCGCCGCCUGCGGAGAGGGAGCCUGUCUGUGCGCGCGCUCCUGCCAGGGCCGCCGCUGCAGCCGCCCCCGCCCGCCCCGGUGCUCCUGUAUGACCAGGGUGGUAGCCGAGGCCGGCGCGGAGAAGCCGAGGCCGAGGCUGAAGAAUGGGAGGCCGAGUCAGUGCUGGGCACGCUGCUCCAGAAACUGCGGGAAGAAGGCUACCUGGCCUACUACCUACAGGGUGGCUUCAGCAGAUUCCAGGCUGAGUGUCCUCACCUGUGUGAGACCAGCCUCACUAGCGGUGCUAGCUCAAGCCUGGCCCCAGUGCCUAGCCCAGUGCCUGUGGUGGGGCUGGGUGGCCUGUGCCUGAGCUCCGACUGCUCUGAUGCGGAAUCUGAAGUUGACCGUGACUCCAUGAGCUGUGGCCUGGAUUCGGAGAGCACCACAUCUCCCCCAACUGGGCUGCUGCCAUCCUAUCCAGUCCAGAUCCUACCCAACCUCUACUUGGGCAGUGCCCGAGAUUCAGCCAACUUGGAGAGCCUAGCCAAACUUGGCAUCCGCUACAUCCUCAAUGUCACCCCUAACCUCCCUAACCUCUUUGAGAAGAACGGUGACUUCCACUACAAGCAGAUCCCCAUCUCUGACCACUGGAGCCAGAACCUGUCCCAGUUCUUUCCGGAGGCCAUUGCAUUCAUUGAUGAGGCCUUGUCCCAGAACUGCGGGGUGCUCGUCCACUGCCUGGCAGGGGUCAGCCGCUCUGUCACUGUCACCGUGGCCUACCUCAUGCAGAAGCUCCACCUCUCACUCAACGAUGCCUAUGACCUGGUCAAGCGGAAAAAGUCUAACAUCUCCCCCAACUUCAACUUCAUGGGGCAGCUGCUAGACUUUGAGCGCAGCCUGCGCCUGGAGGAGAGGCGCUCUGGGGGGCAAGGCAGUGGGGGGCCAGAGUCCACCGCCUCAGAUCCACCUUCCUUCUUUACUACCCCCACCAGCGAUGGGGUCUUUGAGUUGGACCCCACAUAAGGUCCUGUAAGGCUACUGGGCUGGUCCCUACCUAUGACCCCAUGUGGUUGGAGGCGGGAGGGGAUGCAGCCAUAAGCAGGGAGGGGGGGAUUAGGGGGAGGGAAAGCUCAAUACCUCACGCGGGGGCCGUGGAGCGAGGCAGGAACAGAGCAGAGACCUGCCACACCCACUCGGGCCAGCCCAGGAAUCUAUUACUUGUGCCUAUGGGCCGGCCCGGGCCACCGGCCUGACCCGCACCGCUUUUGGGCGGGACCACGCUCCAGAACCUGCCUCUUCUGCGACUGUUACUUUAUUCUCUGGGGGUGGGGGUGGGGCUUCCUAUCCUAGGAACCAUUCUAGAAGGCUGCCUGUUCCCUGGGCCCUGGCCUCCCUGCUGUUACCCCUUCAGGAAGAGUGUAUCACACUUUGCCACAGGGACCUGCUCUCAGUCCCUUCUCUCUCCCCAAAUGCCCACCUGUGGGAGGGACUUUCCACCUUCACUGGUGUAGUCUCCUUCCUGCUUCUCUGACGUGGACCUGGACCUCUUGAGGCUGCUCUCGGCCUCCACAGGGACGGCCUCUCAGAGUGGCGUCUUGCUGGGCAGUGUCACAUGGGAGCCAGUGGGCGGGUUCCCAGCCACACAUCUGGUGCCCUGAGUGUUUCUUUCCUCCUCCCCCAGAUGUCUUGACAGGAUCACUGAGACUCUUUGUGACUGAGGGUGGUCAAACUGCCACCGGAGGAGAUGGGGUCUCAGAGUGAGAGCUGGUGGGGGUAGGGAGGGAAGGAUGAAGGCCUCAAUUUUGCUGCUGUGGGUCUCACACAGCCGCUGUUGGUUGGGGGGCAGGGAAGGGGCCAAGCUGCAGACACACACACACACACACACACACACACACACACGAUCAUUCAUUGCAGUCUACGCCCCUUUGUGGGCAGUGUGCGUGUGUGUGCGCGUGUGAGUGUUCCCACAUGCACACUAGCCCACUCAAACACUCAACCUGGGGCUGGCAGUCCCUGUGGUGGCAGGACCAUCUUGCCCUUGAACCUGGAGAGGGCUGUGCUUGUUUGUUUUUGUAAUCCACAUCACGAUUGCUUUCUUUAAUUGUUCCUCCUGAA